AUGCGCGGUGCUCUUCCUGGCGCUCGCUCGCCCGCUCUCGGCACGGCACCCGGGCUUCAGGCGGACUGCGGCCGGUUGGGUUUAACCUCCCUGUCGCUGGCCGAGUGCAGCGAGGUUGGUCCCGUCGUACUCCAACCCACACACGGCAUCCUGUCACAUCCCGCCGCCUUCCCGUCCUCUCUCGCCUGCCUUCGUGUGUCACCCCGUUUCAGCGAUCGACGCCUGGAUUGGCCUAAACGAAACCCCCCUUCUGCCGUCUUCAAGGGCUUCGUCACCCGAUCGGGGUUCCAGCGCCUCCCAUCGCCAGUCCCCGACCACCGUAGGCCCCAGGAGGCUGCCGUUUGA